UCAAUGAGUCUGAUCAGAAACAUCAGGGAUCUUACUGGACCUGAGGAACACCCGAGGAACCCGCACUGUCUAGCAGGGUUAACCUAUCAGGGCUUUGUUUAUGUUCAGUUACAAUGGAGAUCUAUCUGUGCAGCAUCGGUUACCAUGGAGAUCUACCUGUGCAGCAUUGGUUACCAUGGAGAUGCAGCAGGUAUAAACUCUGACUUUAGACUCAAUAAUCUGAACAUCAGAUGUGAAAACAGCAGAUCGAAAAACAGAACAUGGAGCUGCCAAGUGUGUGUGUCCAGGUGUCUGUGUCCAGGUGUGUCUGUCCAAGUGUGUGUCCAGGUGUCUCCGUCCAGGUGUGUCUGUCCAAGUGUGUGUGUCCAGGUGUCUCCGUCCAGGUGUCUGUGUCCAGGUGUGUGUGUCCAGGUGUCUCCGUCCAGGUGUCUGUGUCCAGGUGUGUGUGUCCAGGUGUCUCCGUCCAGGUGUGUCCAGGUGUGUGUCCAAGUGUCUCCGUCCAGGUGUGUGUGUCCAGGUGUGUGUCCAGGUGUCUCCGUCCAGGUGUCUCCGUCCAGGUGUCUCCGUCCAGGUGUCUGUGUCCAGGUGUCUCUGUCCAGGUGUGUGUGUGUCCAGGUGUCUCUGUCCAGGUGUGUGUGUCCAGGUGUCUCCGUCCAGGUGUCUGUGUCCAGGUGUCUGUCCAGGUGUCUCCGUCCGGGUGUGUGUGUCCAGGUGUCUCUGUCCAGGUGUCUGUCCAGGUGUCUCUGUCCAGGUGUGUGUGUCCAGGUGUGUGUCCAGGUGUCUCUGUCCAGGUGUGUGUCCAGGUGUCUCCGUCCAGGUGUCUGUCCAGGUGUCUCCGUCCGGGUGUGUGUGUCCAGGUGUCUCUGUCCAGGUGUGUGUGUCCGGGUGUCUCUGUCCAGGUGUGUGUCCAGGUGUCUCCGUCCAGGUGUGUGUGUCCAAAUGUCUCUGUCUGGGUGUGUGUCCAGGUGUCUCUGUCCAGGUGUGUGUGUCCAGGUGUCUCUGUCCAGGUGUGUGUGUGUCCAGGUGUGCUUCUACCUACCCGUUAGUCCUAGGCAACCUGUUGCUAACAUGCUACCUGUGGAGCUACAAAGCUGA